AUGGCCGUCUCCCGGGAGGAGACACAGGCAGCUAAGGAGUUGACAACGCCCGCGAUAUUCCUCCAGAGGUAUGGCAGCCCAACCCGGCAGGAGCUGCUUCGAAGCCGUCCGAUGAAGAUCCGUCGUGAGAGUGGAGAUCGGUCGUCUCCCGACCAGAGCUCCGAGAUGUCUGUAGCUAGCCGUCUUAAGGCGGUUAUCAUCAACUGCAUGCUCAGCGUUCGUCCUUUGCGGCAGGGAUCUCGAAGCCAGCAUCUUAGCUUCAGCUUACUCCAACGGUUAGGUUCCUAUGGAGAGCAAGCUAGAGUCUCGGAUUGCAUGAAGGCACGGCUAAGGCAGGUCUGUGGAUUCUCGAGUUCUGUAAGGAGGUAUGAUGAGAACUUCACUCAGCCAGAAGUGUAUGAACGAACAGCUAGGGAAGCAGUACGCAGUGUUCUGCAAGGGUUUAACGCUACAAUAUUGGCCUAUGGCCAGACAGGCACAGGGAAGACUCAUACAAUGGAGGGCUUCAUAACUGACUAUUACAACGAUGUUCAGAGGGGAAUCAUACCUCGAAGCAUGGCAGAGAUAUUUGAAUACAUUGCUUGUCACAACCACCUCACAUUCACAGUGCGAGCUUCCUACCUACAGAUCUAUAAUGAGACUGUAUCCGACCUAUUGCCGACCGUCGUUAAUCCCCCAUCAUCAAACUUGAAUAUUCGUCAUGAUACCCGACGAGGAGUAUACGUGGACGGCUUGAGCGAGUAUGUUGUCCGAGAGCCCGGGGAGGUUUACGAUCUAAUGCGGCGGGGAAAUGCCUCUAGAGCUAUCGCCACUACCAAACUGAAUGAUGCUUCAUCACGAUCACAUGCAGUCUUCAUGAUGACUGUCGAGAUGUGCAACGACGAGGACUCUACUACGAGAGUGGGAAAGCUGAACUUGGUAGAUCUAGCUGGCAGCGAGCGAGUGCGGCUGACGGGAGCUACAGGAACACGUCUAGAAGAGUCGAAAAAGAUCAACCAGUCAUUAUCUGCAUUAGGGAAUGUGAUCGCGGCCCUUACAGAGGCCAGCCAGGUCGGUGGUGGCGGUCGGAGUCAUAUACCUUAUCGUGAUUCCAAGCUAACGCGCCUACUGGAGGACUCCCUUGGUGGCAACUGUAUAACUGUGAUGAUUGCGAUGAUUUCACCAGCGGCUGAAGCUUUUGGAGAGUCUCUAUCGACACUCAAGUUCGCCAAUAGGGCAAGGAGUGUCCGGAACACACCGGUGCUGAAUGAAUAUGUAUCAGAGCAGGAAGCUCGUCUACGCAAAUACGAGAUAGAGAUCCAGAAGUUGCGCAGUCAGCUCGCUCAAAAGUUAACCAUUGAUAUGAGCGACAGACAACCAGAUAGAGUACCGAAUGAUUCGGAAGUUGACGUGGAAGGUGAAAUCAGGUCAAGGCUCAUCAAGACCGUGAUAGAGUCUACCGCCGGCUACAAGACACUACUUGCCCUUACCACUCGCUUGGAUGAUCGUGACCAGAUGGUUUUGCAGUUGCAACGCUCAAAAGAAGACCAGGAUAAGGAUAUAAAGAGACUUCAAGAGAAAAUCGCAGAUCUCAGGACCAGGCAACUACCGAGGACGCGUUCGCAUCGAGAUCUCAGCGCUGAUCCGAUCGUGGACCGGAUCAUGCACCGGAUAGAUCAGAUCUUGUCGCCCGAAGCCGUCAAAGAGCAGUUGAAGCAGGAUGUUCAUGAAUUGUACCGAGUACUCUGCGAAGAUGAUUGUCAAUCAACUCCGCCUCUAAUAGACUAUGAUGGAGGGCCGGGAACUGAAAUCAAUUUGGCGAGUAAAGCAAAUAUAAACAUCAAUUUAUAG